AUGAACCCCAAACUCACCACCCUCGAGCUGGAGAUGGCGGUUGGAUUGGAUAUCAAGAUGCCGGUUGGUUCAAGUGGAUGGAGGACUAUCAAGAAGGGAUGGGUGAUGAACAUCAAGUCGUGUCUCCCCCGUUUACUAGCGACUUGUACCGAGGAAAGCUAUCUACGAAGGGCUCAGCACUCAACAGGACUUGGGGAAGGAAUAGGAUCAAGUGAUGAAGCCCACCGUAUCAAGCUCAAGCAGCAAAUGGAGGAUGACACGCAAUGUGUUGCAACUGAAUUAACGGACCUGGCUGAUCGGUACACCGAGCCGACGCUCCAUUACCUCCAGCGCGCUUUCAACUACUGA